AUGCAAAGAAUGAUGCUAGACCUAGACCAGGAUCCCAACCUCUUUACGGAAGCCUACCAGGGCCAGUGCAUCCCUGAUUGGGAUAAAGUCUUUGAAAAACAUGACGCCGCCGUGGGCUGGCCGUCCGCGGCGUUCUGGGAACAACUCGUCGAAAAGUACCCAGAUGCGAAAGUGAUCUUGACUGUUCGAGAUGCCGAGAGCUGGUACGAUUCAAUGGAAGGCGUUCUCAACGUUACGCGGGCCAGUGCGGAUUUCGAUUUGCCCAAACAGAUGGCCGACACCAUGGCUAUGAUCAGAGCCAUUAUCAAGAACGGGGUCUUGAAGAAUUUUGAUGAUCGGAAGGCUAUGAUUGAGGAUUUUCACGCCCGCAAUGAGCUUAUCAAGAGGACGGUUUCUCCGGACCGACUGUUGGUCUUCAAGGCGCAAGACGGGUGGGAGCCACUAUGUAAGUUUUUGGGAGUUGACGUGCCCCCUCUGAAUGUAUCGUAUCCUCACGCGAAUAAGCGGGAGGAUAUGCUAGAGAGGACCUUGUACUUGAAGGAGAAGCUAGAAAAACAAAUGGUGGACAACUAG